AUGCCAGGUGUUCCUCCUGAUGCGGUCGACAAUGUAAAGAAGUUGUUCAAGGGAUUGUUCAAGCGCGGCAAGAAGAGGCAAGACAAGCCUGCAGACUCAACUCCUCCUACCUCGACCCAGCCGCCCACUACCUCCACGACUCAUCAGCAAGCUCCAGUAGCUACCAACGGCGGUGCACCCAACACCGAUAAGCCCCUCCCACCCACGAAUCCGGUGGAGUCUGUUCCACCAAGCGCUCAACAACCCCCAACUCAAAAGAGCGAUGCGCAGACAGGGACGGUGGACAACAGCCAGAAGCUUGGACAAGAUGUAGACAGCCAAGCUGUAUCUCCCUCGUCGACAACGCCCGCAGCUGCCUCAGAGCCAGUCUCUGCGAUUGAGGGUUCCACACCACCGGCGCCACCGCCCAAGAAUGAUGCGACUGUUGAAGUUCCCAAGACUGUGGAAACACCAGCAAAUAAAGAGAAUGUCGCUCCUCCAGCAGCUGGGCAAAAGGUAGAGUCUGCACCAGCAGCUGCAGCAAUUGCGCCGACGCAACCAAAUGGCACCGCAGCAGAAGCCAAGAAGGUCGAGCAGCCUGCCAAUGGAGAGAAGGUAGCAGACGCGGCGGAGGAAAAGGUAGCAGUACACGAAGAGCCGCCUGCACCGGUCAAGGCAGCCAAUAACGCACCGGGCAUGUCUGCUACCUCGGGUCCACUGGAGGAUUUUCCUGAGGGUGUUGUCCAUCAAUGA